AUGUCAAGACGGACAGAGGAACCUCUGGUGAGGCGCAGGCCUCCGCCCAAAAUGAGCCACGCAGAAGCCCUGCAGAGAAGAGCCCUGUGUCUGGUGCUGGUCCUGUUGCUGUUGUCCCUGCUCAUAGUGGCCACGGGAGUCUACAUCUCCACAGCCUCAGAGAGCCUCAGCACCUCCGGAUGCCCCUCUGGACUCAUUCUCAGAGCGGCCAUCUUUAUCUUCAGCCUUGGCAUCAUAGUGUCCUCCAUAAGUCUUGUGGUGGAUGGAUUCUUCAUUCUCCCCAGCAUUGAUGUCCGACCCAUCCGGGCUGGCAGGUGUCAGUUCUACUCAGGUGGACAUGGCUUCAUCUAUGAAAACCACUACACCACAGUCCCAUGCCAAGGUCUGAAGGAGUCUUGUUUUAUGAUGGUGCGCAGUGGGACCUGUUACUGCUGUGACUUGUAUGCCUGUGCAAAUGGUGGAUACCUUGACAAGCACUAUGAGUUUGUGGGCGUGCAGGGCUGCCAGGAGGUGUUGUUUGUGUACUGGCUUGUCUGGGUUAUCGCUGGGAUGAACUUGCUUGCCUUGGUCCUGGCGCUCCUCACCUCAGCCAUGCUUGGCAACAUCAAGGCACUGGAUGGCAGGCAUGAUGUGGACAAAACUUCAGAGGAGAUGCCACUGUGGGACACUGAAGUGGUUCAGAAUGCCACAGCGCCCCCUCUCCCUGCACAUGGGAAUGACAGCUCCUCUCAUCUACCAAUGGAGCAACUCAUAUAUCAACAGAAUGGCCACAUGCUUCAGCCACUUUACCCGGUCAGAUGCCACAUUUCACUGUGUUAA